AUGUGGGGGCUAUUCCAUUUCAAGAUUGGGUUUUGGUUGGUCGUGAUCUGUAUAUCUCUGCUAUUCGUCUAUUGGAGAAGAAGAAGAAUCAGUAAUGCAAUUAGCCUUAAUGACUCCUUUGGUGAGGAUCUAGAAUCGGGCUUCAGCUCUAGGAACUUUGAUCUCAUCUCACAGAAUGAUGAUGACACAAGAGCAGGUUUGGAUGACAUCUCCAAAGAAGAGAUAAGGCAGAUUAUGGAGCAGGACAAUCUUGAUUUCGACAAGGCACGGCUGCUUUAUAUGGAAAGAAAGUUUGGUCAAAAUGGAAUCGCUCCUGAUGGAAGGCCAAUGGAUCCUAAGGCAGUUACGUUUGGCAAAUAG